AUGUCAAGUCCCAUCUCUUCCGUAACUCCUAAGCUGAAUACAUCAUCAUUAAGUCCAGGAAACCGAAGAACAUCCAGUGCUGCUUCACCUGCGACUCGCAAUCCACUCUCGCUACGUAUCUACAAAGUCCUCGGAGCCAAUUUCGAUGACCCGUCCACACGUGAAGCUUUCGAGGCGCUAGUCGAGUACUAUCCCCCGGAGAACGAAGCGCACUAUUCAAAUAAACAAGAUAGUUCUAAAGCUACAGCUGGCGCAGAUUCUGAUAGUGAUACAGAAAAUGAGAACGAUCCUUGGGCUGUGAAAUGGCCGACGCGGGCUCAGUCAACUCCUGUUGUAGGCCUCGGGCCAGGGACUACUGCCGCACGGGCACGACAAAACCUACAACGCGAUGUUGAAGGAAGGCUGGCAGACGGAGGAAGGGAAUUCUUAGAGGCGUUUGGGGAAGUGGAUAAGAAAUUGGAUGUACUGCGAGACCACGUCCAAGUUAUGAACUUACAAUGCGAGGCCAUGGAAACUCGCUUACGAACGACCAAUCAAUCAUGCAAAUAUCUGUUAGAACGGGCAGAAGGCCUGCGUGCCCAACAACAAACUACUAACACUCGCCAGGAAAUAAUUGCUUUAUUUUUGGAUCGCUUUACUCUUAGUGCCGCAGAAUUGGAAGCAAUAACGUCUCGCGAUAUUCCCGUAGGUAAACAGAUGUUUGACGCCAUGGACAAACUCGAGCGUAUUCGAGAGGAUUGUCGAGUAUUAAUGACCGGAGAGGGAGGAGAAACUAAAGCCGGAUUAGAUAUCAUGUCUUCCACUUCGGAACAGCUCGAGGAAGGGUUCCGAAAGCUUCACCGAUGGUGCUUGUUUGAAUUUAGACAACUUGGUCGGGAUGCCCACGUAGAAGUUGAACCCCUAAUGGCGGAAGCUGUUCGUCGGCUACGAAAAAGACCAGCCCUUUUGCAAGAGUCGUUGGAUGUCCUGGCAUCCGUUCGCCAAGCAACGUUAUUGAACGCAUUUUUAGCAGCCCUCACGCGCGGAGGGCCCGCUGGAUUACCGCGCCCUAUUGAACUACAUGCCCAUGACCCGACCCGAUAUGUCGGGGAUAUGCUAGCUUGGGCAAUGGCUGGAGAACGUGAAUUUCUUGACGGACUUUUCGGUAUCAAAGCCGAAAGAAGAAUGGUCGGUAGCGUACGAGAACCAAAGAGCGGAGAGGAGGAAUCUUGGAUCAGGGUUUUAAUGGAUGAGGAUUUGGAGAAACUGUGUACUCCCCUGAAGGUUCGAGUACAACAAACUAUACGAUCUCAGGAAGGUAGCAUUACUUCCUAUAAGAUCGCCAAUUUGCUUGAAUUCUACAUGAUUAUCAUGCGACGGACAGUGGGAGAAGAAGCCAUCUUGUCUAGGGCGCUCUCCGAGUUAACAGAGAUUGCAUAUACUGUCUUCUUUGAUACUCUGGCAGCACAUGGAAGAAGCCUCCUAAGAUUCUUGCAUCCUGCUGAAGAUGAUCUUGCUGCUCCGAUCUCGCUUCGAGAUGCUGCUCAAGUUCUCAAAGAGAUCAUGGCUGUAUAUGAUUCUUCUUUAUUGCGUGACGAACACCAGGGAGGAAUCUCUUUGAAUGGCGAAAUGCAGAAUUUCGAUACCACCUUGGCAGCAAUGGUAGACCCAAUGCUCGAGAUGUGCCGGCGAAUGGCUGCCCUACGAGAGAAGGGAGAGAAGGGAGAGAAAUGGGAAACUGCGAUAUUUAUGAUCAACUGCUUAACAUAUCUUCAAGGAGUUCUUCAAGGGUUCUCCUUUACGGCUGCCAGAGCAUCCGAGCUUGAUCAAUUGAUCGAUGAAUAUCAGGCUACGUUGACUGAGGAGCAUUUCGAAGACAUGCUCAAUGAAUCUGGACUACAAGAGCUAUACAAACACAUUGAUUCCAAGAGCCCAGAAGAGCCUCUCUCUCGGCUACCUGGUGCAUCUGGGUUAGAGCUCACUGCUGUCCUGACAUCCUUCGAUGCCUUUCUCUCUAUACUCGAUCCGAUCUCCUCGCCUCGACUGGGCUUACUCAGAGCACCUAACCCUCGCAUAGCAACGCGAAUCCAUCAGGAUGCUCUAGAACGGGUAGGGAGAGUAUACUUGCGUGUAGUUGAAGAGGUCCGAGCUCCUAAGAAUAAAUACGAGGCGCCCCAGAGUUUGCUUGGAUCGAGGCGUCCGUUUGGGCAGGAGUCAGUCCUAUGGCAAGUUUUAGGCAUCGAAAAUAAUGGCACGGCCAAGUAG